AUGAGUAGCGGAAUAGGCGGAAAUGGCAUCCAGGAGGCAGACAUCCUGCCAGAGAUGGUGGGUGUCUUCAAGUAUCUUGGAGAACAUGCCCAGAAGGUAUACCAUGAAGGGUAUUUCCAGAAGUUGAAUGAUAUGAAUCCUGAUGGAACUGCUGUCACUAGCAGGGAGUGGACUGAUUGCUAUGCUCAGCUAAUUGGGACCGUUCUGACUAUCUGGGAUGAUAGAGCUAUUCAAGAAGAGGAGGAAAGGGCGAGGAGAGGGAUUCCACCGGAGGGAGGCGCCGUGAAACCAACCUUUUUGAAUCUUACGGAUGCUUCUAUGAAAAUGAUUGAUUCUCUCCCACAAAGAGCCGGAGGAACACCGUUACAGAACGUCCUUAGCUUAUCCACUGCUGGACGAAAUCGGUAUCUUCUACAUUUUGCUUCAGUGCCGGAGUUGACACAAUGGACAGCCGCCAUUCGAUUGGCUAUGUUCGAGCACAACUGUUUACAAGAAGCCUACACAGGGGCACUCAUCGCUGCCAAAGGAAGAUCACUGAACUCGAUUGGAACAAUUCUCGAACGUUCGAAGUUCAAGAUCGAAGAUUGGACAAGAGUCCGCUUCGGCGCCGGAACACCGUGGAAGCGGUAUUGGGCCGUUAUCACACCGCCCGAUGAAAAGUCAUUUCAGAAGGCUAAGAAAGUCGCCAGGAAGGCAUCGAAACAGGCCGGUGCACAGAUCCAAAUGGAGGUAAUCAUUGGUGACAUCAAGUUCUACGAAAAUAGUAAAGUCAAGAAGAAGACCAUACCGGUAGCCACCAUCAGCGGAGCCUUCGCCGCCUAUGCGGUAUACCCUGAGGCGAAGGCUUUGAUAGAUCAAAGCACUCUGGUAAAAAUCGAGGGUAACAUCGUGAUUCACUCCGACCCGCCUUUUACAAGCGAAGGAAUAGUUUUUAUGAUGCCGGAUCACCAUGCCGCUGUUACAGGGUUUGAGAUGAUGCUGAGAUUCUUGAUCCCGACUUAUGAUGUGUUCAACCUAUAUGGGCGACCCAACAGGCUAGCUGCUGACUCCAUCGAUCCUCGAAGCCUCAUGUUCGCAUUUCCCAGGGAGCCCAGACAGCCGUACAGGCUAUUAGAUCUCGCCGAUGUUGUGGGUGUUAUCAACGAGAAUGGGAGCAGUGGUUGGUCUGAGGCCGAGUGGAGAAGGAAAUUAAAGCAGACAACCUCUAAAGUCCAACUAAGCGGACGGCUUCAACGUGCUAGUCUAGCUAGCCCCAGCACGGCAAGCCUACCAGGCCAGAUGAAGAUUGGGUCCGCAGUUAGCUUUGAUGGCAAUACCGGAAGGAGCAGCUUUAAUACACAAAGACCUGGCUUGCCAACAAUACAAAGCUAUGGACAACAAAAUGGGGAAAUGGAGGGCCAUAGUGCACCCCCUCAGCUUUCGCGGCAAACCAGUCAUACGAGAAGCAUGUCAGAAGCACAGGCUCAGUUCUACCCACCCCAGCAAUCAGGGUACCCCGAUGCACCACAAGCGCCGCCACCACCGCCACCUGGUCAGGCAUAUGGCAAUCCACCAGCAGGAUACAUAUCCCCUCAGAAUACAGGAUAUCAGCAGCCUCAAGGAUCUGCCGCCCCGCUUCCCCAGAGCUACACAAACGGGUAUAGCGGCCCAAACUCACGACCGCCCUCCAGUCGGAGCCAGCGCAGCCAGAUGAGCGGAAGAAGCGGCCAUGGACAAAGCCCUCCUAACCAACAAAUGGGAUAUAGGCAACCAGGCCCUCCAGGAGGUCCACCUAGUGCCUUCCGUGGUGACCCUCGCGGGCCUGGCGGAUUUGAUCCCAAUCUUGGAAAUCGUCAACCACCACAACUCCAAACGGCUAAUCUUGCUAACACAUACCCUAUGCCGACAGCGUCCCCAAGCACUUCGCGAGGGCCACCGGUUCCAGCUCACUCUUUUUCACCAGUCGCGAAUGCUCGCGCUAUGUCUCGACUUUCUGUUGGAACACUUGAGAUGAUGCACGGUAAUAAUGCUGGGCCUAUUCCGGUCGAUUAUCAUGCGCAAGCCCAGUCACCAACACUUGGCUUCCCCGCCCAGGCCGAUGGCGCAACAGCCCAGAGAGCUAGGUCGUAUGGCUCAACUGACACCUCAACAGACUCUGAACUGUCUAGCGAUUCCGAUCUAGCUGCUCCUCGACCAGCGUAUACAACACAGGGCCACAGAACAAAUGGUAGCACGGCAUCGAUUACCCCAGCUACGGGGGCAAUCGCUUCUAGAAUUCCCAAGUCGAACGACCUUCACACCGACCCAAACGACUUUGACCUUUCCGACGAGCUUCGAAGGAAGCAGCUAGAGACAGCUGCUGCAGCUGCCACAAGGAACGGAGGACACCACGCCCCUUAUGGGCAGCACCCACUUCCUCCUCUACCGCCUAACGCAGACCAGCAGGGAUACCAGCAGGGAUAUGGUGGGAAUUACGCGAACGGAUAUGAUGGCAGUGCACAAAGUGUACGUGGAUAUUACCAGUAG